UCUCAUGUGAUUCACGUCGACUUCGUGCAGCCUGUUGUAAAAUGAACACCACACACAAUGCUCAAAUCAAAAAUACCUUUGUCCUCGGCAAAGUGCGAACAGAAUACUAGUAAUGGCUAGGGAGUCAGAUUGCAUCCUCUGCGACGGACAACGAGCAGACUAUAAACACUGAACUGAACGUGACGCGGUUGUCUUGUUUCUUGUUUGUUGUGUUUGCUGUGCCCGGCCAAGCGAUUUCUUCCGUCCUGGUAAAUCUAGCGGGGCUGUGUAUCGCUGCGUCCUCUGGAGUCUGGUACCCACUGUCUCUGCACGCUGCAUCUAUUUGGCUGAAUGAAAACCCUAAACGUUGGAUGUGUGGUUUCAAGCUGUUGCUAGCAUUACGGAUAUUGGUUGACUGAAGCUGUAGUGCUUGCAGGGUGCGCCCGAUAUUGUCUCCUCCAGCUCUCUUCACCCUAGCGAGGCAUCUCCCGGCAGACGUGCGAGUUGUUUUUGCUUUUUCACUACGUCUUCGCACACCACCAGCUCAGACAAGAGUACCAACUGCACGGCAAACCAGGACAGGAGUGGUGCAAGAGCUCUGUGAAGGCUGUCUAGCGCGAAGAGUGCGUGAGCGGAGGCAGGGGCGAAGCUGAUCGAGUGAUGGCAACUGUGGCUCUGCAGCGACCAAUGCCAGCAACUGCGUGCGGAGGUGUUGUUGGAAGCGGCAAAAGUGCGCCUGGCAGAGCAGGAGAGCGUUCAAUUCUUGCCAGCAGCAACGCUAACAGCUCACAGCGCUCGUCCGUGGUUGCUGUCCGCAAUACUGACUAUUGGCUAGAGCGGCACGCCAAAUCGGUGUCCCGCCUAGUCAGCCAGGAGUGUCGCGAGAAGAGACAGAGCCGUGAAGACGGCACACGCGCAGAAGACCGAACAAGCACGGGCAAGGACACCACCAACAAGAGUGACACUAGCGCUCACCACGGAGAGGAAACUCCGAUGCUGUCUGACGCUGCACUCGACGCCAACACUGCGAAGAGCACCAGCGCGGUGGUUGUCGCCAGUCCGAUGAGCAGCGCCGAGAAUGCACAGCGAGCGGCAAAGCUGAACGCCACUGCAGCCGCCGCUCCGUCACGCACCGACUCUGAGGCAUCCUUGUACGACGAGUGGACGCGAUAUCCGUCACUGCUCUCGGAAGGCAUCGGCGCUUUGAGGACCCUGACGGAUGAAGCGUGUGAGCAAAGCGCCUGGCUUUGGAACAGUGACUUCUCCCUACCAGAUUCGCCAGACUCCAGUCUCGAGGAUCGGCAUGACAACGAGAUAGCGCGGGAGCUGCACGAGAAGUUCUUGCCGAUGAUGACGGACAACGAUGACGCGAUCCUGAAGGAGAUUGUCGAAGCCUCGGGACAGCCGGGAAACCUAGACUUCUCCAAACUAGCCGCUGAUCUUCUCGUUGGUACGUAUCACGGCGGGGACAAUGAUGACGAUAGCUCAAGUAGUGGGGAGGAGGACGACGAUGACGAGGAUGAUGCCAACGGUGACGACAAAGUGGCUCGCAAGAGUGUCAACGCCGGCAGCGAAUCGGACAGCGACGUGUCAUCGGGCAGCAGCGGGGAGGACGAUGACGACACAUCGGAUAUGAGCGACUACAAUGACGACGACAGCGAAGUGUGCAACGGCACCCCACCGUCAGACACGAGCACUGCUACACAUAGCAAUACUGAACCGCAAGCACCAUCGCUCCUUAAGACUGUACUCUCCACCGGGCCCCGAUGCCAGGACUAUCAUGCCAGUCAACAGCACUCUCACAUGCCAUACGCAGGCAGCAUGCAGAGCAACCAACAGCAUUUCAUGCCUCCCAGCGGUAGCUUGCCAGCAACGCACACCCUCGCGGACGAAGAGGAGCGUCCGGUGGGCGUGUUCUCCAUGGCGACACACGGAACGUCUCUGCCUCCACGGUCCGCGCUCAACCCCAACGUUCACCUGAUCCCGCACCAGAACUUCCCGCACCCGGGCUCCGUCAUCGGCAACAAGCCGCAUACGCCAUACUUCACGCCGCCUCUCUUCUUCCACUCCGUCUCGUCGUCUGCCGUCGCUAGCGCCUCGGCAGCCGCCCUCGCACCCAGCCACUUCAUGAUGCAGAACUGCCGGCAGCAGCCGCAGGUCAUCAUGGCAGCGGAAAACGUCGCCGCUGCCGCUCGUUUUCACUUCGACAACGACAACGCGUCCGAAGAGGGUCUGUGCGAGGACGCCGCCAGCAGCAUCGGCAACAAUGACGCUGUGCUAGAUGAGAACGAAGAUGAUGCGGAUCAGCAGGAUGAUGAGGAGGAUGACGACGAAGAUGAUGGUGGAGCGACGGGGGCAGCAGCGGCCACCAAGUCUGUCAAUGUGCGGCGCAACACGGUCGACCCUAGCCACAGACACUCGAUACCGACGCAGAUGCAGCUGUGGGAGUACAUCCUGCACAUCCUGGAGCUGGGCAAGUUCCGGCAGUGCAUCAACUGGAUCAACCCGCAGCUCGGCUCGCUGCGCAUCCACGACUCGGUACGCCUGGGCAAGCAAUGGGGAAUCUACCGCCACAAGACCAAGAUGAACUACGACAAGAUGAGCAGGGCCAUGCGCUACUAUUACAAGCGCAACAUCUUCGUCAAGAUCGAGGGACGCCUGGUCUACCAGUUCUCUGAGCCGGUCAUGCGGCAGGUGCGCGGCUAUCGGAAACGCAUGCGUCGCGGCGCCAGCAGCAGGCGCACCUAGGGCACGACGACACGCCGUACACUGGAAUUAUCGUUCCGAGUGUGCUGCAUCUGCUGCUGCUGCUGUCCGGCUGCUGCCUGACUUGAGGAAAGCCCGCCGAUGCAUGCCGAUUGCAAAGCACCCUGUGCAGGGACGCAUCAUAGCACACAGGGUGUUCAGGUGCAGUGGCAUAUCAGUGAUCCUGCUCACCAAUUCUUGGAUGCCCCGAUUCCAUAUGCAGGCUGUCAAGGCUCGGCGACUUGUUUUUGCUCCGAGAUUGAUAUCAUGACUUGAGCCCCCACCACCACCGCCGCCGCCACCACCACUAACCUCGAUAUCAACCCUAGCAAUCACCCUUACCCCGUUUCUUUCUUGGACCACUAUCCUUGAUUACGUAGACAAGGGAUGCGCACAUGUGCAGCAAAUUGCCACGUGCUCUCAAACAUUGCCUGUGCAAGAGUGCACACCACUUAUCAUACCGUACCACUUAGGAUGCCGAUUGAAAAAUUUUGCCGGACCUUUUUCGAAAUAUUUGAACAGGCGGCGAGGUGAAAACCGUCGCAACAUGUCGCUUCAGCUGAUUCUGUUCAUUGCUGGACCUUUUUCGAAAUGUUUUCUUUUUUUUUCUCUUUCAAAAGCAGCUGCUCAGGCUUCCCUGAACAUCUCAUGAUUUAAAAUGUGCAUUCCUGGUGCAUAUUGCGCUGAAGAAUGUGUGCAUAUCCUGUCCCACUCUGCUUCCCACCACCAAUGGUGCGAUGCGAAAUCUCUGGACCAUAGCACUCUGCUACUGUGAGCUUCAGCCUCAUCAAUAGCAUUUUUCUGAUGCUUUUUUUCCCCCCCCCCAGGUGCUCUAGCACUAGAAUUUAGAAACAUUAGCACCCGAUUUCGGUUUAUGCUUUAUAGGCACUACAUGUACAGUGCAGGCAACUGAAAUCCGACCCCCUGAGCGGUGGGUUCACAUUCUUUCCGAUGUGAGCGCACCGCUCAGAGGGUCGGAUUUCAGUUGCCAGCACUGCACCUUCUUCUUUUUUAAUCACAGUUGAGCCUAAACUCCCUUUUCGUUUCCUUUCGUGAAGCCAUUCGCAACGGGUAUCUUACCCCGUAUUCCUAUACCUUGGGGAACUGUGUGUGCUACUCCCUACGCACCAACCUCUUCCUCAUAAUACUGGUACCUUGCACCUAGA